GCUCUGCGUUGGCUAAAUACUCCAAUAUCCAGACACUUUUACAUGAUAUUGAUUUUCACUUAUGGAUAUUCGCGACAAAAAGGGAAAUUCCAGUUUCGGCAAUGGCGAAGUAAACAAAUAAACGUGGUUUAGUAAAUAUGUUUUGUUUAUUUGCUGAGAAGAAGCCACAGGUUUCAUCUGUCAGUAUGAUACUUAGUUUGCCCCCAAGGUUUGAAGAAAAAGAUAGCAAACCCACCAUAUCUGUUCAUCAGAAUUCUGUAUGUUUAGAAGAUAGAGAUACAUCGGUUAAUUUCCGUUUACAUAAUGCUGAAUUAUCUCCCUUGUCAUGCCGGGGACUACUUUUAAAUCGACAUAAGGAUUUACAAAUGACUCUUCGAUCUUUAGAGACAAAAGAAGAUGUAAUUAUUCAACCUGCUCGACAAGAUGCAGCUCAUAUUAAUCAGUCUAAAUUAGUGGAAAAAAUCCAGAUAUGUCAGAAUCACCUCUUCUGUAUUAGUUGUGGUAACAGAAUAUUACACAGACACAGUUUCUACAGAGUUCUGCCUCUGCCAUCGGAAAAUUGGUCAGAUUACGCUGACAUGUGGUUCUGUCAUCGACACGACUCUCAUGGUGCAAGUGAUGUUCAUGACACUACUGACACUCAUGAUCAACAAAAAUCUAAACCAUCUCCGUCACUGUCACCUAAAGCCAAUGAUUGUUUGGUGGGUACAACGUACAUUAUGAUCAACUCAAGACACAUCCAGUCUGGUGCUGUGAACAGUCAUCAAGAUGAACUGGUUUGUAGUAGAUGUGGAGUGUGCAUAGGUACAUCUUUAACCCACAAACAAAGUGACCAAGAAACUAAAGAUACCUACAAAAUUUAUCUUCAUGCAACAACAUUUCAACAAACCGACGAUACGUCUGAUUUACUUACUUCCAAACAAAGCUGUGAAGAUAGAUUACAGUAUUAUUUAAGUCAGUUAUUACAAGAAGAAAGUCAACUAUAUACCAGUUUUAGAUUUAUUAUAUCAUCAACUGAUAACCACAACCUAUCUAUUAAAAUUAUGGUUUGGUUGUUAGAUGAGAAUAUUGAAGUGUAUCAAGGUGUAUGUGAAACUACUAGUAAUAUUAAUCAAGUGAUAGAUAUACCAGCUGUACUCUGUGUGAAACUACUCUAUAGGUGUAUUUUAUCAUCCAGUCAAGCUAAACCAGAAGAUAAAGCUAUAUAUAAAUUAUGGGAACGAGAUAAUAGCGUCCAUGGCAUUUCUCUACCAUAUAGUUUGUGUCAGCAGAUGACGUCAAUACUAAUAAACAGCACAAAGAAACUACCUAAAUCAACCCGACAACUUAAUGGUUUCAAUAUUGGAUUGCUAAAUGUCAAACGAUGAGCAGAUAUCCAAGGAAGAAGACCAAGCCAGUUUUCUGUAAAGAUUUCGACCGUCAUCCAUAUAAACAGACCUUUAGAUCUGAAGUACUUUUGUCACCAUUAGUAUAAGCAUAGAAGUUCUUUAAGUGUGUAUUUCUAAGAAAAUGUCAAUGUAUGUGUUUGUUCAGUUAUUUCUUUCCAGAUAAAAAAAAAGUGAGUCUAUCAUGAAUUUAUGUAUGAUUAAAACAAAUAAAUUAAAAACAAGCGCAUUUUAUUGGUCAUGAACUUUUGUACAAU